AUGAGUAAUUCUAAUUCAUUUAGUAAGAUGAACAUGAAAAGAGUCAAAUAUAGAGAUUAUCCAUGGUGGUUAAUCAUAAAAUUUUAUUGGUUUAGAUUAACUAUUGUAUCUUUGAUUUGGUUUAUUUAUGAUUUCUCAGUUUAUUCCUUUGGUACAUUUAACACUAUUAUAAUUGAACAAAUCAUUCCUAAUGGAUCUCUUUAUCAAAAUUGGGGUUGGUCUGUUGUCUUCAACUUGUUCUACAUGCCAGGAACUAUUCUUGGUGCACUUUCAGCUGAUUAUAUCGGACCAAGAUUAACUUUAGCUUUAGGCGUUGCUGCCCAAGGUAUUAUUGGAAUUGCAAUGUCGGCAUGUUUAGGAACUUUAAGAAAACAUAUUGCUGGGUUUGUUGUUGUUUUUGGUAUUUUCACUGCAUUUGGUGAAUUUGGACCUGGUAACAAUACCGGUUUACUUGCGUCAAAAACAAGUGCUACUUCAAUCAGAGGUCAAUAUUAUGGUAUUGCUGCUGCUAUUGGUAAAAUCGGUGCUUUUGUUGGUACUUGGGUCUUCCCAGCUAUUCAAAGAAAAUAUGCAAGCAAUGAAAAUCCAGAUUUGGAAUUACAAGUUCCAUUCUAUGUCAGUUCUGCAUUGUGUUUGUUCAGUGCAUUGUUGACUAUUUUCUUUGUUCCACCAGUUGGUCAAGAUUCAAUUAAUAAAGAAGAUAGAUUAUUCAAAGAAUAUUUAGAACAAAACGGAUUUGAUAUUAGAAGAUUGGGUGAUGGUGGAGAGGUUACACAAAUCGCUGGUGAUGUUAUUAUUGAUAGUUCGGAAUCCGUUGGCAAAGAUGAUGAGAUUAAAAUCAAUCAAAAGAGUGUAUAA